AUGGCGCCGCCAACCCCGUUGCAAUGGGCACGACAUUGGGUAUCGCCCAAAGCCCAGUACCUCGACUCGCCAGACUCAAUCGAACGGAAUGGUGCGCGCCUCGGCGACUUGGCGCGGCAAAUGCGCAGUUCAUGUGGUGACGGCGCGAUCGGCGAGGGCUGGCACAACUACCACCACCGGUACCCGACCGACUACGCCACGAGCGAAUUUGGCAUGCUGUACCAGUGGAACCCGUCCAAAGUCUUUAUCGACAUCAUGGCUGCAAUCGGGCAGGCGUACGACUUGAAGCGCAGCACGACGGCCGCCGCGACGCGCGAACGACUCGCGAUUGCCGUCGAGGAAGAGGUGGUCAAAGGGCUGGUCGUGCCCAUGCCGUUAACGCCACUCGAGCAAGCCCUGCGAUGGGCAGUGCAAACGUUCAAGUCAGCGCUUGUAAAGUAG